AGCGCGCGCGCCGGGGGGCAGGUAACGUCAGCAGUCGGCCGGAGCAGGGAAAGACUGAGCAUACACACCCACCAAGUGUUUAUCGCCGGUUAAUCACCGAAACACAUUAAGCAUGGGCAGCUAAUCAGCUCCGUGUGACUCAGCGCCGCUUUUCCAUUCCGAUCCACGAGUCCCUCGGCAGCAUCCCGCGCCCUCCGCUUGGCUUGAAAUGGGAUGAUAUGGGAUUUUUCAUGUCGACGAAGAUCGGGGGGAUUCUUGCGUUUGCCUUGGUAUUCCUGUCCCUCACAGUGUCAGGAGACUCAGCAGAUGUGAAGUGUGAGAAAAUUUAUAAGGACUUUUCUGAUUGUGUCCUGGAGCUGGGAGAGAGCAUGGACAACUAUCAGGAGAACGUGACCAGUGAGAGGGGAGUGGCAGCCGUGUGCAGCCACUGGGAAGCUUUCCAUACAUGUGCCCUCACAGCCCUGUCCGACUGUCAGGAGGAAGUCAGCUCCAUCUGGGAGACGCUGAGGCAGGACUCCAGGAAGAUGCGCUUCCAGGGAAGUCUGUUCGACCUGUGCAGCCCCAGCUCCGCUCCCAGCAUAAGUUCACGUCUCGCUGCACUUACCCUGCCACUGAUGCUGAUCAUGACUGGGCCCAACUGGUCCUCUGUAUAGAUGGGGUAACGGUGGGGGGGGGGGUUGAGAGUGAGGAGAUGGGAGAGGUAAGGAGGGCCUCACAUUCCCCAGGGUUCAGUCCUCCUGAGUUCAAACUUAAAGCCAAGGAUUUAAGAGAGACAAAUGUUUUAAUAAGGAUUAUUUUUGACACAGAGCCGUGGAUGCCUGUGGCAAGCCAAUCAAUAUUUGCUGUGAUGAAUAAUGUUUGAAAUCCUCUCAAAUACUUCAGCUUGAUCUUCCCUUAUGUCUAAAAACUGGUGGAGUAGUGAAGAAAAUGACAUUUCUGCCAACUUAUCAGUCCAGGCAAACUAAAGCAGACACUCCAAGUAUUCUAAUGAUUUCAGAUACAAUGUGACCAGAGUCAGAUCAGUGACUCCUGUGGCUCUGGGUUACCACUAAACAAGGGGUGGACACAAUACUGUGAAUACCUAAUGUAAAACCCACCUGCAAUGAAUACUCUUUUUUUUAGUUUUAUAGAGAUACAAGUCUGUUGACAAUUAUUAUAUUCAGUUUUCAACUCUGAGGUCAUUUCUAAAGCAGUAUUUGCAGAGCACAGGUUUUCAUUAUAUUACAGUAAUGUAUUCCUGUUAUUGUGUCCACUCCCUGCACCAUUUAUUGUAUGCUUUUAUCAUGAUAGUUAAAGGAAUAGUUCAGCAUUUUGGGAGUCAGCUGAGAAGGUCGAUAACACUCUCAUGUUUGUACGGUAAUUAUGAAGCCAUCGCCAGCAGCCAUUCAGCUUAGUUUUGCACAUGGCUGCUCCCAACCAAGAAAUUGUUCAACACAAAACUUGUUUUUGAGCUUUUGCACAUAUUCAACAAAUGAUAUAUACAAUAUUAAUUGGAGAGCUUUAGAGGCACGGGUAGGUAGAUUUUGUUACUUUUGGACAAAGGUAGUCCUAGCUGUUUUCAAGUCUUGUGCAAAGCUAAGCUAACCAACCGCUGGCUGUUUCGUAUUUAGUGCAGACAUGAGAGUCUUAUCAAUUGUCGUACCUAAUUCUCUGCAAGGAAGCAAAUGACAUAUUUCUUAAAAUUACUGUAAUAAAGAGUUACUGUACUGUACUGUACAUUAGCACUACAACAAAAGUUUUAAUCUUCAUUUAAUUUGUAUAAAUACAUCCAAACCAUCAUGAUAUAAUUAGCUUCCACAUUACAGGAGAAGAUUUAAAGGGGUACUUCACCAAAAAUAACAGCAAUAUUUUAGUAAAUCUUAGCUCUUAGUCAUUACACAUCUAUUUGAAUUAGUUGUCAACUUACUGAUCAAUGAACCAACCUAAAGACCAAACCAGACAUUAAUCUUAUGGAACUAAUGACACCAAAGCUAGCAACAGUUCAGAUACACUUUAGGUGAAAUGCACCUUUAACCUGUUUCAAAUUGUAGUAAAUGUUUGUGUAAGUGACAAUCAAGCCACUUGUAUGAAACCUUUGACCCCUUUUCCCCUACAACAUUUCAGCCCACCGUGGCUGAUGUUGCACGGCUGCUAUAAAGACACCAAAAACAGACAUCUGACACCUGGCAUCACAUGUUCACUCCUCCAGCUCCUCUCUCGCUCUCUCAGAGCCUCGCCCCACUCUUUGGUUCAAUCUUCACUCAAUCAUCAGACUUCUGACCCAUUGAUGUAUGUGAAAGAAAAGAAAUCUAGAGUGUGAAUGUUCAGUGUUGUCUCAUAAAUUUUUGUUACAUGUUUUGUGUGAAAGUGCUCUACUGUAGUAAACGCAAUAUAACUAGAACUUUACUUCUUUCUCAAAGUACUGCAAAAAACACAGUAGUUUAUGCAGGACACAGAGACUACACAGGGAUGGAUUCUAUCACAGAGAUUAGAUUUUCAAAGACAAUAAUUCAGCCAGAAGUAUAAUGAAAAUUCCCCAAAUUAUCAUAUUUUAAUACUCAUACACAGAUUUUAUUUAACUUUAAAAACCUAUAAUUAAUGUCUAAUAAAGUUAAAUUAUAUGCAAUAGAAAAACGAAACUGCUAUAAUACAAAACAAUUGCUUUCCAUAUAUCAUCCAUAUAAUUUAUUUUUUAUUAAUUAUAUUUCAAUUACAGGUCUACCAAUUAAUGCAUUGCAUAAUUAUGUUAUCAAACAAAAUACAGAUUCCAAACUCUGCUGCUCCAUUUAUCUGUUUCAUGCUUUUAAUUGGUGUAUUUUGGAGAAACUUAGGCUUGAUUUUACAACACACCCAUAAAUUUCAAAAGCUGUUAUUAGAAAGAAAAGUAUAGUGAAUCUCAUCGACAGAAAACAGCUAAUGGUUACUACAGUUUGUAGCAAAAUUGGCAUCAUUCCCACUCAGUCAGCUCAUUUAGCAAAUAUACCAUAUACAUUAUCAUUACUUGUAAUGGUGUUUUAAUCACUUUGAAUUAAUUUUUUUUUUUUUACAACAAGACUAGGUCAAAACCUUGUUCGUGCCUGGACUGUGUAUUGUUAAUGAGCGAACUGGAGGACAUAUUUGAAAACUGUUGUGGAAUCGCUGUUAACAAUUGACAUCAUCACAUCACGUGUUUGCAUUUUCCCUAGUGUCACAGGUUUCAGUUCUUUAUCUGUUUGCUUCUCCUCUACUCUCUUUGCUCACACAUAUACAGUUUUUCAAUACAGUUGAAUUCCCAUUAAAGCUUUUCUCAUUCACAUGUUUUUCUGUUUCUGUUGCCAGACAAAGGAACAAGUUGGAAAUAGUGACUGAAACACAGCCCAUCAAGGAUGAAUGUUAACCAGCAGUCACUUCCAAGCAGCAGCUCUGC